ACCAUGUCUACUUUUUGGACUAAGAUUAAGACCCUCUUCUGCUGCGGCCAGGAAGAGGAGCAGCCUCCUGCCCUGAUCAUCGGCGAGCCUUUCGGCUUCAAGCGAGUCGAUGUCAACCUUGCCGGUCUUUCUGAGCAAGAACCUGUUCCUGUUACGGUCUCCAUCAGCUCUGACGGAGCUUCGCAAACCUGCCGGCUGGACCGUGCCAGGGCUCACACCAGAGCGCUGAGCAACACCUUCAAGUCAGCCACCACCAACGCAAUGUCAAGUGUCGGAGCUAAGGGCUCUGGUUAUUCUGCACUCGCUAACGGCAGUACUUCGACGAUGCAGCCUCUGAGAUCCGAAGAAGACCACACUCCCCACGCGAUGAAGGAGCUGCUACCUCGCGGCACAGGUGGCCUGGAGACUAGCAGCAGCGUCGGAACUGCCAUUGCAGGUUGUGAGGAGGAGGAUGACGGUGUCAAGAGCUUCGCUCGCAUCGAGUGA